AUGGAGCCUCUCCUCCCUAUCAAAUCCACCGUGCCCUCCCUCUCGGAAGAUUUCUACACCCAUUGCAAAUCUCUCCUCAUCCCUCCUUCUGGUACAUACUCCCACAGGUUGGAUUAUCUGAGUGAAGUGCUCGGGAAAUCAGUGUGGAUAGCGGAACCGGGUCCUUCAGUCGAAUACUUCCUUGGGGGUUUUGGUAAAUCUGAUUGGUGGUUAUCUGAACGACCAUUAUUGGUAGUAGUGAUACCUCAGACGAACAAGCAAACAGCGGUAGAAGGAGGACCAAAAGUGAUCAUCCUCACCCCACAAUUCGAAGCACUUCGAGCAAGUGAGAUCUCUCUUCCUGAAGAAAUCCAGGAUAGCGUUAAAUACGUGGCUUGGGAAGAAUCGGAAGAUCCUCAUGAAAUCCUUUGGAAAGAGCUCGGACCACUUGAGGUCGACGGAGUGGUGUUGGAUAGAGAUGUGAGGGAGUUCGUUUCUUCUGCUGUGAGGGAGCGUGCGGGUUCAGGAGGGGUAAAGAGCUCUAUAGAAGUGGAAAGGAUUAGGGAGAAGAAAGAUGAGAGGGAGGUGGGGUUAUUGAGAUGUGCGAAUCAGAUGACCCUUCAUGCCAUUCGACAAACACGAGCCAAGAUGUACAUAGGUAUCACCGAAUCAGCAACUCGUACAAUCCUUCAGAAAUACAUGACCGCUUCUGGGCUACAAGAAGCCGAUGGGCUGGUGCUUUUUGGCGAAAAUGCGGCUUUACCCCAUGGAUCAGGGACGGAUCGACGUUUAGGUAAAAGGGAUAUGAUUUUGAUUGAUUGUGGAGGGACUUGGGGAGGUUAUACUUCUGAUAUCACCCGAACCUUCGCUCUGCCAUCUUCAAAGAUUCCUUCGGAGCAUAUCCGACUCUGGGAGCUCGUCCGACAAGCUCAACAAGCCCCAUACGAACUCCUCAAAUCUUCAUCGACUACCUCCCCUCCUCUCUUUUCAGCGAUGGAUCACUCCGCCCGCUCUCUGAUUUCCUCCCACAUGUCUCGACGUAUCGUAUCCACAAAUUCUACUCCUACGCCCGAUUUCACAGUCUUCACACAUCGUCUCGGUCACGGUAUCGGGUUAGAGGGACAUGAACUCCCUUAUCUCGUCUUCGGUAACGAAGGCGGAACUGGACCCGGUCAUGUGUUCAGUUUGGAACCUGGAAUCUAUCUUCCUCAAGAUGCUGAGCCAGUGCAUGGAAUGAAAGGUGUAGGUGUGAGACUAGAAGAUUGUUUAGCUGUCCUUGAGAAGGAUGGACAGUUGGUAGGUGAAUGGUUGAGUGGACCGGUGGAACGUUGGGGGGAUGUUUAG